CACCAUGCUAGACACGGACUUCGAGAUGGAGGAACGGCCCCAGAUCGCCGUGGGGCACGGCCCGAGCGCUCGCUCCGGCUCCCCAGAGGCGUACUUCACCUGCAAGUUCUGCCAGCGGCUGUUCAGGAAAGCCUACAACCUGAUGAUUCACGAGAGAUCGCACGACACGGUCAAAUACAGCGCCGACAUCUACAAGCUGCGGACCGAACUGCAGGCGUGCAACCGACGAGACAUCAGAAGAUGACUCCACAAACAUAUGCAUGCAUCAACAUAUCUUCCUUUUAUAUAGUUACUCUUGGCCAAGACAGUCCAAGAAGAGAACUUCCAGGCGCUGAAAGCCUGAUUUCGUCUGACCAUCGAACAACAUCGGAACUGACGACAGACUUUGGCCAUUGGUCGUAGAGAUCACCUUCCACGAAUGGCUUAGGCAACAGAAGCCAAUGGACUCGUCCGAUGUCCAUUCUGCGCCAC